AUGGAGGACGGUGAUUUGUUUGAUGUUUUCACUGAGGAUGUGUCCGUUCAGCCGGAGGAGAUCGAGAAGAUCCGGAACGACUCGCAGGCCAAGACUGGUGGUGCGGUUAAGAGCGCCAAGCGCGCGUUGAGUCCGAGUCCCAGCGAACAAGAGCCCGUGAAUAAUGUCGAGUCAAAUGGCAAGGAAAAGAGCAAUGGGGUCAAAAAAGAGGCUAAAAAGUCUAAAGUGGAGACGGAGAUCCAGCCUGUGGUUACAGAUUCUUUUGAAACAGAGGCUCAGCGUGAGGUGACGGCGUCGGCUGGUCUGCAGCAGGCUCCUGAACAGGACGGCCAGGUCGUGCUUUCUCACCAGGUUCGACACCAGGUCGCUCUGCCUCCAAAUUACGACUAUGUUCCGAUUUCCGAGCAUAAGAUCGAGGAACCUGCUCGUGUGUAUCCAUUCACUUUAGAUCCUUUUCAAGCAGUGUCUAUUGCGUCGAUUGACAGAGGUGAGUCGGUGCUCGUUUCUGCCCAUACAUCAGCCGGUAAAACUGUGGUGGCUGAAUAUGCCAUUGCACAGAGUCUUCGUGCUAAACAGAGAGUUAUUUAUACUUCGCCAAUCAAGGCUUUGAGUAACCAGAAAUAUCGAGAACUUCUCAAGGAGUUUGGUGAUGUUGGCCUGAUGACUGGUGAUGUGACUAUCAAUCCUGAAGCCAGUUGUUUAGUUAUGACGACAGAAAUUCUGCGAUCCAUGUUGUAUCGAGGUUCGGAAGUUAUGAGAGAAGUCGCCUGGGUCAUUUUCGAUGAGAUCCAUUAUAUGAGAGAUAAGGAAAGAGGUGUUGUCUGGGAAGAGACCAUUAUUUUACUGCCUGAUAAUGUGCGAUAUGUAUUCUUAUCAGCUACUAUUCCUAACGCCAUGCAAUUUGCCGAGUGGAUCUGUAAGACCCAUGAGCAACCUUGUCACGUUGUUUAUACAAAUUUCAGACCCACACCACUUCAACACUACCUUUUCCCAGCCGGUGGAUCAGGUAUCCAUCUUGUAGUGGACGAAAAGUCUGUGUUCAGAGAAGAGAACUUCCAAAAGGCAAUGGGCUCUUUAGGUGAUAAAAUGGGAGACGAUCCUAGUUCUAUCAACACCAAGGGUAAAAAAGGGCAAACUAAUAAGGGCGGUAAAAAGGAUUUACCGGAUAUCUAUAAAAUUAUCAAGGUUAUCAUGAUGAAGAAUUACAAUCCUGUUAUUGUAUUCAGUUUCAGUAAACGAGAAUGUGAGGCUUUAGCCAAGAAGAUGAGUAAGCUAGAUUUCAACAGAGACGCUGAGCAUGAUAUGGUCGCAAAGGUAUUCAAUAAUGCAGUUGGCUCGCUGUCAGAAGCAGAUCAAGAGCUACCACAGAUUAAGCAUAUAUUGCCACUGCUGAAACGUGGUAUCGGUAUCCAUCAUUCUGGUUUACUGCCUAUUCUAAAAGAAGUGAUUGAGCUGCUUUUCCAAGAAGGUCUUAUUAAAGUGUUGUUUGCUACCGAAACAUUCUCCAUUGGUCUUAAUAUGCCUGCCAAGACUGUAGUGUUUACAAAUGUACGUAAAUGGGACGGACAAGCAUUUAGAUGGGUUUCUGGUGGUGAAUAUAUUCAGAUGAGUGGAAGAGCCGGUCGUCGUGGUCUUGAUGAUCGUGGUAUUGUUAUUUUAAUGAUUGACGAGCAAAUGGAGCCUGCCGUGGCGAAGGGCAUGGUGAAAGGUGAAGCCGAUCGACUGGAUUCGGCUUUCCACUUGACAUAUAACAUGAUUUUAAAUUUGCUACGAGUAGAAGGUGUUUCUCCCGAGUUCAUGUUGGAGAGAUGUUUCUUUCAAUUUCAAAAUGGUGCUCAAGUUCCUGCCCUUGAGCAGGAGUUGAGAGACCUGAACGAGAAAAUCGAGUCGACCGUCAUUGAAGAUGAAGCUUCUGUCAAGGAAUACUACGAUGUGCGACAACAGCUGGCUCGUUACAAAGAUGAUAUCAGACACGUUGUUACAUAUCCCAGCCACUGUUUGAAUUUCUUACAGUCGGGACGUCUUGUACACAUCAGUGUCAAGUCUGCUACUGGCAAAGACAAGGACAAGCCUGCUCUUGAUUUUGGCUGGGGUUCAAUUGUAUCGUUUAGUAAGCGUAAACCACCACCAGGUAAAAAAGACAUCAAGUACACCGAUCACGAGUCAUAUAUUGUUGAUGUGGUGCUAUGGGUUGCUGCUACAUCGCCUGUUCAUCUUAUUCGCAGAAAUGAUCCACAGAUUGUCGAGGGAAUUCGUCCUGCCAUUGGAGAUGAGCCCGGUAGAGCUGAAAUCAUCCCUGUCACGCUAGACUCGAUUGUUGAAUUUGCGAAUUUAAGAACAUAUCUGCCCAAGGACCUGACAGCAGUUCAACAAAGAGCUACUGUUCAUAAGAAUGUCGAAGAAAUCAAGCGUCGGUUCCCCGAUGGUAUCCCACUGCUCGAUCCUAUUGAGAACAUGAAGAUUAAAGACGAUUCUUUCCUGAGACUGAUACGAAAGACCGAGGUGCUGGAAUCAAAGUUGGCCACCAACCCUUUAUACGGCUCCUCACGGCUUGAAGAGCUCUAUGAGCAAUACUCUGAAAAGGCUGCUCUUGAAGCAAACGUUAGCAAAAUCAAAGAGAAGCUGACAGACGCUAAAGCCAUCAUGCAAUUGGAUGAGCUUAAAUGCCGCAAGCGUGUUUUACGAAGACUCGGGUUCACUUCAUCUACUGACAUUGUCGACCUCAAGGGCCGAGUGGCCUGUGAAAUCAGUUCUGGCGACGAGCUCCUGAUCACCGAGCUGAUUUUCAACGGUACCUUCAGCGACCUUACUGCCGAACAGUGUGCUGCCUUACUCAGUUGUUUUGUGUUUGACGAGAAAACGAAUGAGGUGCCUGCUCUACGUCAAGAAUUGCAGGAGCCAUGGAAGGCACUUCAGGCCAUGGCCAAGCAGAUUGCCAAGGUGUCAAAGGAAAGCAAACUCGAAAUUGUCGAGGAGCAGUACAUGCAAUCGUUUAAGUACGAGCUCAUGGACGUCGUGUACCAGUGGGCUAAGGGUGCCACAUUUGCCCAGAUCUGUAAAAUGACCGAUGUCUACGAGGGCAGUCUCAUCCGAACGUUCAGACGAUUGGAAGAACUCAUACGCCAGAUGAUCAUGGCUGCCAAAACCAUCGGCAACGAUGUCCUCGAAGAGAAGAUGGAAAAGGCUCUCACCCUCAUCAAAAGAGACCUUGUCUCGGCCACCUCCCUUUAUUUGUAA